AUGCUGGAAUUCAUGGAUUACAUCCAGCUCGCCUUCGGGGAAGCGACGCGAUGGAAUCGCGACAACUCGUAUUCCUCGUUGACCGCGACCGCAGAGUCGCUGCUUGACUUUCACGUCCCUGAACGCCUGCAGGUCCAUCUGUCGUCGCUGUCCACACCGCAUUUCGCGACGGCAUACACGCUGGGCACAGUUGGUGUGAUUGAUGGAUCUGUCUCGUACCUGUUCAGUACAGUGCCGCUCAAUAGUACGCAGUCUCAAAGCGGUGUCAUCCCACUACGCAAACUCGUCCAGGGAUACCGACAAAUCGAAGUGCCUGUGCCACCUAUUCGCAACUGGGGGUGGGAUGCGAUUCCUUUACAUGAUUCGCUUUCUAAUAAAGAAAUUUCACAGCAUGAUGAUGUAGUACGAAAAGCAACUUUGUUACAUGCAACCCUCCAUUUACCACCGCCCUCGACCUUGACGGCCCUGUUUAUGAGACGUCUUUCACCCACCACCCAGCUAACGGCUGCCUUGGUGUCCACACAAGGCCCGCCGUUGGUCAAGUCUGCUCCCCAGGCAGCACUCCUGACGCAGCUGUCGCACGACACUGGGAACUUCAGCAAUGAAUACCUGUUUAGUACAGAUAAUGCGCUUUUCGGAUGGAGAGGUCUUUGGAACUUUGGUCUUGACCCCACGCCUGGCAAACAGUUAGCCGACAAGGUGUCACUCCUUUCUGCCGGUGCCGAGGCUUAUUACUCUCCUAUUUCUUCCCUUGUUGGGCUAUCGACGGGCGUGAAGUUUACUACUCUACCUGCGGCCAUCAAGUCAUCAAGUGCUGGAACCACUGGUCCCGUAUCAAGUUUCCCGUACACGCUGACGCUGACCCUCGCACCGCUUACUGGCUCCCUGUCGACGACAUACUCGGUCCGCGCCUCGCCAAAUCUCGCAUUUAGCUCUCGUUUCGGCUUCAAUGUUUACAGCUGGGAGAGUGAAAUGGUAGCCGGCUGCGAACUCUGGCGCAAGAGCGCUCGCACCCCGCAAGACGACGGUCUCGACUGGGCACGGCGCAAAAUGGGUAUCCUAGAGACCACCAACAACACCUUGAACAGAUCACCGGCUGCUUCUUUCAAUUCAAGUAAUGAAAAUAUAGAAGAAGAGGAAGAAGGAGACUCGGUCGUGAAGAUCCGCGUUGAUCAGUCGUGGAACGUGCGCGUUCUAUGGGAAGGACGUGUCAAAUCACUCCUUGUCACUGCCGGCGUUUCGCUCGGACCAGGCACGUUCUCAUCACUAGCCUCGGAUCCUUCCUCUUCUUCGCCGGUGUCGACACCGUCGCUUGCAGAGUCGAGCCAGAGUGCGGGUGGAGGAGCAGCGCCGAGUUCAAAACCUUCAUAUUGGAGAGGCGUCGGCGUGUCGGUUCUAUAUUCUUCUUGA